AUGAUGUUUGGCAAACGGAUGUUACUUAUACAUCUCAGAUCCACAGAAAUCUCGUUGUAUUUUUAUUUACUAUUCUGGGCAUGCAUUAUUCAGUUCUCGACAUCGUUGGUGUGCAACACUUUCGAUCAUCUGGAAUAUUUAUUUCCUGGAGAAUAUGAAAAGGUUGUUGCGGAAAAUCAAUCAUACAGACAAUCUGAUCAUUAUUACUACACCCAGACGGUUAGACUAAACCAAACUCCUCCAUUAAAAUUUGCUCGGUUUAACAAAACGAUGGUUUCCACAACGCGACCUCUGAGGAUUCUUUCUCUGUUCCCUAUAAAAUUUCAUGGCAUCCACUACCAGUCGGUUGAGGUUUAUCCACAAGGUGACAUUGGUGUUGGAGAAAAACUUCGACAUCUUGGAACAUUACGAUCGAUACAUUGUUUUCCUGGUGGCGAUGAGGAGGGAGUAGUAGAGACGAUUGUCACUAAUAAUGUUCUUGCUGUGCGGUGGCCGAAUAUGAGUGUCUUCAAGACAAACAGCAGCGAAGUGACAGGCAAUG